CCAACGCCUUGGGCCGAAUUGGCUCGUUACACCAAGAUCGUACGACGCCUGAAAUGGAAGUUGCCUUUCUUGGCCCACGGCUACAACGCUGCCACCGACCAGACGUACACGGGCGAGCAGCGGGAGGAAGCAGAGCUGAUGUUCAAGCUGGACUUCUUCGAAUACUACAUGCUACUGGAGCGCGCCCUGGUGCACCUCCUGGGCGUCUUCGGCAUACAGGUCACGGGGGGUUUUGGCGACAGGCCGGCAGAUGCAACUGGCCGCCAGCGGCAGGCUGACCAUCACUUCCACGCCAAUGUCCUUGGGGCCCUCGACGAUCCAAGAAAUCCCUUGCACGAGGCUCUCGGCAAGAGUGACGUCCGCUCUGCGCUUACGCGGGCCAAGGAGCUGCGGAACCGUUGGAAGAAUGCAGACGAUCCAGAUACCGCGCUGGCCGUAAGGCUAACUGCUGGGGGCCACGCCGCUCGGCCGCUCAAAGAGUAUGAUCUGGGGUCGAUCCUGGACCUGAUCUUUGCUGGUUUCGACCAUGGCUUUCGCAUUGCGGACCGAUAUGUCGCCGAGGUGCGGUCAUUGACUGCUCAGCGCGGAGUGAACGGCAGCGCAGAUCCUGCCAGCGGGCAGACAGAAGAGUGGGAGUUCAUGACAGAUGCCAUGGACUGGGAAGCGGUAUAG